AUGCCUGGAACUACUCUUCCCCCUUUCCCGGAUGAUGUUCGAACACAUCCGCUUUUGAUUGUUGAUUUUGAGCUUAUCAAGGCUGGAGACAGGGAGGAAAUCGAUCGAUUGUGGGAGGCUGCGACAACGCUCGGAUUCUGGUAUUUAAAGAACCAUGGCGCAGAUCAAGAAGUCAACGACAUGUUUGAUGUGGGUGCAGAGACGCUGGCUUUACCCCUCGAAGAACGUUUGAAGUUCGAGCAAGGGGACAACGGACAAUCUUUCGGAUACAAGAAAGUGGGAGCUCAGGCGACCGAUGGAACGGGCAAAUUCGUGGACAACAUCGAAUUCAUCAAUGUCUCUAAAGACGAUGCGCUCGCAUAUCCACGGGUCGUUCACCUCACUUAUCCAUCGACCAUAAACGCUCGCAUGGAAAACACCGUUGCGCCAUUUGUCCGCAAGUCUCUUGAUGUGACAUAUGUCGUGUUGAAUAUAUUUGAUGAUAAGCUCGGAUUGCCGAAAGGCACUUUGGAGAGCAUGCAUGCUAUGGAUGAGCACAGUGCUUGCGAGGUCAGAUGCACUCGCAGCCCACCCGUGCAGGACAAGGAAGCGAUGGACAGAGCUAUGCUAGCUGCCCAUACUGAUUUUGGCAGUCUGACCUUCCUGCACAAUCGGCUUGGCGGACUCCAAGUAAUGCCCCCUGGUCAUGACGAGUGGUCCUACAUCAGACCCAUCCCUGGACACGCUAUUUGCAAUAUUGCAGAUGCGCUAUCUAUUUUCAGCGGAGGCAUUCUGCAGUCCAAUAUUCACCGCGUUGUUCCACCUCCCGGUGCACAGGCAGCAUACGAGCGGUGGUCCCUAGUUUUCUUCACCCGUCCGACCAGCUCGAAAGUUCUCCGGGCCCUUGUCGAAUCCAGUCCCAUUAUCGCAGACGCUGUGAAGAAGCAACCUGACAAGAACUUCGAGAGUGGUUCUACUGCUGCCGAGUGGCUGGCAAGAAGAGUAAGGAAUCAGAGAAUUAAUAACAGAAGGGGACCAGAUACAUGGGCUGCGAGUCGUGGCACCGAGCACACUCCAACGGCAGCUUAGGUUGUUAUUUGUCUGCACUAUUCGACAACCAGGUUUGAGUCAGUGCGAAGGUUCUUUCUACGGUUCUGGUUCUUAAUUAAAGUGAGAACACAAUUUACUUACUACAAACUUGGGGAACUUGUUCUUUGCAUCAGUUCUGAGCGAUUCUGAAUUCUGCGAUGUGCAGAGGAGUUGACGGUAUCCGCGAUGGCUUCGAGCUCGACUCGGUAUUUUUAGAUUCCCCGAGGUGCGUUACCCUCUGACGAGCGAAAGAUGGUAACCAGUCCAUG